AUGGAGCAGCUUUAUUUUGAUGGAAUGGCUAUUUGUAUCCACGUUGGUUUUCCCGAACUUUUUAUCACUUUUACUUGUAAUCCAAAGUGGCCCGAAAUUAAGAGAGUUACCGACAAAAUAAAGCUUUAUCCUCACGAUCGCCCUGACAUCAUAUCCCGAGUUUUUAAAAUCAAGUUGGAUGAGCUGUUGUCUGAUUUAACAAAAAAGCAUGUAUUGGGGAGAGUUAUUGCAUAUAUAUACACAAUUGAGUUUCAAAAAAGAGGUUUACCACAUGCACAUAUUCUGUUAUUUAUGCAUCCCGAAAGCAAGUGUCCCAGUCCAGAAGAUAUAAACAACAUCAUUUCAGCAGAAAUUCCAUCGGAGGAUGAUGAUAUGCAACUUUAUCAUCUGGUGAAAACACAUAUGAUUCACGGACCAUGCGGAUACGCAAACACUUCAUCUCCGUGUAUGAAAAACAAUCAAUGCUCAAAAUUCUUCCCAAAGAAAUUUCAGGCUCGCACUGUUGUUGACCAUAAAGGAUAUCCUUUGUACAUGAGAAGAGAUACUGGAAUUACAGUUACGAAAAAGGACGUUGACCUUGAUAACAGAUUUGUAGCUCCUUAUAAUCCAUAUUUGUUGAAGAAAUUCCAGGCUCACAUCAACAUUGAGUGGUGUAAUCAGGGAACAUCCGUUAAGUAUUUAUUCAAAUAUAUUAACAAAGGAUAUGACCGAAUUACCGCAACUGUAGUUGAUACUACCAAUGAUGGAUCAUCUUUAAAUGGAAAUCUUGAUGAAAUAAAACAAUAUCUUGACUGUAGAUAUGUCUCUCCAAGUGAAGCAUGUUGGAGGAUAUUCUCAUUUCCCAUUCAUGGAAGGUCGCCCGCUGUCGAGAGGUUGUAUUUUCAUCUCGAGGGAGACAAUUGUGUUUACUAUACUGAUUAUGAGUUGAUCGAUGAGGUACUUGAAAAACCAAGUGUGAAAGAGUCUAUGUUUACCGCUUGGAUGGAAGCCAACAAGACAUAUCCAGAGGCAAAAGAUUUGACUUACUCCAAGUUUCUCACAAGAUUUGUGUAUGACAAAAGAUACAGACGAUGGAGACCACGCAAAAGAGGUAAUACAGUUGGAAGACUUAUAUGGGUUCCGCCAAGUACAGGGCCGACUUGCUACGAGGACAUAAAAAAGGUGGGAGGAAUUGUUCGGCACAGUUUUAGGGAUGCAUGUUUCGAAAUGGGAUUUCUUAAUGAUGGUAAGGAAUAUGUUUCGGCAAUAUACGAGGCCAAAGAUUGGGGUUCAGGUUAUUUUUUGCGACAAUUGUUUGUCACCAUGCUACUCUCCGGUACAAUGAAUAGACCUAACCAUGUUUGGGUUAAAACUUGGAACGUAUUGGCAGACGGCAUUCUUUACCAGCAGAGGCAAGCAACCAAAAAAUUAGACCUGCAUUUAACGGACAAUGAAUUGAAAAACUUGACGCUCAUUGCCAUUGAGGAAAUGUUGCAGUCCAAUCGAAGAAGCUUGCACGAGUUUAAAGAUAUGCCAUAUCCUGACUCAUAUGUCACAAGAGACAUCGACAACCGUCUGAUAUAUGAUGAACGUGAUUACAACGUUAAUGACGAAAGAAAAAAUUUCACUGCUCUAUUCAAAGCACUCACAGGCGGAAGAACUGCCCACUCAAAGUUCAAAAUUCCAGUGCCGACCCUUGACAACUCUACGUGCAAUAUCAACAAGAAUACCGAGCAUGCACAGUUACUUCAAGCAACUGAUGUGAUCAUAUGGGAUGAAGCACCCAUGGCACAUAAAAAUUGCUUUGAAGCAUUAGACAAAACCCUUAAAGACCUCAUGAAUCAGAAUGGGCCAUCGGGUAGAAUAUUUGGAGGGAAAGUUGUUGUAUUCGGCGGAGAUUUUCGGCAUAUUCUUCCCGUUGUUCCAAGAGCUUCCCGUUCCGAUAUUGUGCAUGCAUCAAUAUUCUCAUCUUAUGUGUGGGAUCACUGCAAGGUCCUCACUCUAACAAGAAAUAUGAGGCUUAGGAAUGAUAGAGGCAAUAAGAACAGUAAUGAUAUAGCAGAGUUCUCGAAAUGGAUACUGGAUGUCGGCGAUGGUAGGAUAUCCGAACCAAAUGAUGGAUUGGCCGAUAUAGAGAUCCCUCAUGAAUUAUUAAUUACGGAUUUUGAAGAUCCCAUACAAGCCAUCGUUGAAAGCACGUACCCGGAUUUGUUGCAAAAUUAUACCCGUCUUGAUUAUUUGCAAGGCAAAGCAAUUCUUGCAUCAACAAUUGAAGUUAUUGACAGAAUAAACCAUUAUAUUUUGGACCUAAUACCAGGGGAACAAAAGGAAUAUCUCAGUUCCGACGAGAUAGAUAAGACCGAUGCGACAUACACUGAAGCUUACGAAGUUCUAACACCCGAAUUCUUGAGUAAUCUAAGAACAUCCGGUCUACCGAAUCACAUUCUCAAAUUGAAGGUUGGUACACCAAUUAUGUUGAUGAGAAAUUUAGACCAAUCUCAAGGAUUAUGCAAUGGCACAAGACUUAUUGUUACAAGAUUGGCCAAUCACGUCAUUGAGGCAAGAAUUAUUUCUGGCAAAAAUAUAGGUAACCUCUUUUACAUUCCUCGAAUGUCUAUGUCCCCUUCAGAGUCUCCUUGGCCAUUUAAGUUGAUUAGGCGACAAUUUCCAAUAAUUGUCUCUUAUGCUAUGACAAUUAAUAAAUCCCAAGGUCAAUCUCUUGAUACCGUCGGACUGUAUUUGCCUACUCCCGUCUUUAGUCAUGGUCAAUUAUAUGUUGCCAUAUCUAGAGUUACCAACAAAAACGGUUUAAAGAUACUGAUUCAUGACAACGACAAUGUUCCGCUGUCGACAACUACAAAUGUCGUGUACAAGGAAGUUUUUCAAUCACUUUGUUAA